AUGGUCAAUAUGCGUGCAGUCGACAUCAAGGAGGGCAAGGGCCCUGCCACCUCCCUCUUCAUCAACGAGAUCGAACGUCCGAAGCCCACCGCCGCACAAGCCCUCGUCCGCGUGAAGGCCUUCGGUCUCAACCGCAUGGACUUGCUCCAACGCGAAGGCAACUACCCUCUUCCUCCUCAAGCUCCCAAGACUCUCGGUGUCGAGUUCAGCGGCAUAAUCGAGGAACUCGCUUCUGAGAGCGAGAAUGGUUUCAAGAAGGGCGAUGCUGUGUUUGGUCUGGCAUAUGGUGGUGCUUAUGCCGAGUACAUUGCUGUCAGCACCCACAUGCUCGUCCACAAGCCUGAUGAGUUGAGCUUUGAAGAGUGUGCCGGUAUCCCCGAGACCUGGAUCACAGCCCUCCAAGCAAUGUACAUGGUAGCAGAGUACAAGCCCAAACAAUCCAUCCUCUGGCACGCCGGCGCCUCCAACGUCUCCAUCGCCGGGAUCCAACUCUCAAAAGCCGAGUCUGCCUCCAAAAUCUUCGCUACCACCCGCUCAGACGAAAAGAACAAGUUUGUGGUCGAGAAGCUCGGCGCAACUGCAGCCUUCAACUCAGAAACCCAAGACUGGGCUGACGAAAUCUUGAAGGCGACGGAUGGCAAGGGCGUGGAUAUCAUUGUUGAUUUCAUGGGUGCUGGGUUCUUUGCAAACAACCUGAAGGCUGCGGCUAAGGAUGCUCAUAUCGUUACUCUGGCUGCGUUGACGGGAUUGAAGUUGCCUGCUGACACCGACAUGGGCGCUUUCCUGUUCAAAAGAGUGAGACUGGAGGGCUCAACUCUCAGAGCAAGAGAUGUAAACUACCAAAGCAAGUUGAGAGAUCAGCUUGUCGAGCACGCUCUGCCCAAGUUCAAGGAUGGCACUUUCAAGGCUUAUGUCGAGAAGGUCAUGGAUUGGGAGAAGAUUGUCGAGGCUCAUCAGCUCAUGGAGUCUAACAAGACCAGGGGCAAGAUCAUUAUGACCAUUGACUGGUAA